CGCACAGAACACAGAGUUCAGUGUCAGGCUUGCUCUGUGCUGUCCUGUUAAGUCUUGCGACUGGAGACCAGAGUGCACAGGAGUGCAGUUCUCAAUCUUUUGUCUUCAGCAAGCCAGCUAAAUACGUGCAACACAAUGAAUCUUCGACUUCAGAUUGCAGCUCAGAUUACUGUACUUUUCCUACUUCAACUUUGCUUUCAGAAUGAAGUCGAGACAGCAACAUUACCGCUGAGAUGCCAGUGCGUUCAUUCAAUUAAUGGCCUGAACCCGAAAAUGAUCAAGAACUUUCACAUAUUUCCAAAAACAGCUCACUGCAGCAAAAUUGAAAUCAUAUUAACAGCGCACCAGGGGCAUGAAGAAAGUGAGGCUUGCCUUAAUCCAGAAUCAAGGCAGGGGAAGAGGCUACAAAAGUGCUGGGAAAGUAUUCAGAAAAAUGCAAACAAAAAGAGAGACUGUUUGCAAAGAAAAAAAAGGAAAGGUUCAAAGCAGAAGAAAAGAGGGCGUAGAGGUGGAAACACGCGGUCUAAACGCCGCCAAGUUUAAUGUUGCCCCUGUCGUCUGAAACACUUCGAGCAAUGUACAGUGCUGCAGGAAGUUGAAGCAAGAUGAUGGAUUACAUCAUCAGGGCCUGUUCUGAUCCUGAAUUGUGCAGAACAAAUCUUGAAAACUUCUUAUGAUUCCUGCUCUUCAGUUUUUCUUCUGUUAAAAAAAACAGUUAACGUUUAUAGACAAAUAAAUCUUAUAUUUUUAGUUGUAACUGGAAUAGAAGCUGUUGUCCUCCAUGUUAAACAGAGGACUGGAACUGUAUAUAUAGACAAUUAAAUGUGCUGAGCAUUAAACCAUUGCCAUUUCAAAUUGGUAUAUUUUAGCUCAUAGAUCUUAGAGACAAGUUGUUGUAAAGUGGAUAUUAUGUAUUUUCUACAUAAAAAUUUAGAUUACACAGGUCAAGUUAGAUAGCAAUAAACUUACUCCACGUACACUUCAGGUUGUGGUUGAGUUACUUCCAACCCUACCACUUGUUGCUCAGUAGGCAGACAUGCUCAGAGUUUCUCUUCAUAUAUUUGUACCUGUGAGGAACUAGCUAGCUGGAGAAUCAUGGGUAAAUUUGACAUAUGGAUGGAGAGGAAAUGGAACCUUACAGGGUUCAUGGUGGGAUCUUUCACUGGAGCCACACUAAGUUUCUUCAAUGGUUUAUUUUGUAUUUCAAUUUUUAUGUUUAUACAAGCAAGAUUUAUAAUGCCUCUGAAUUUGAAAAAAAUAAAUAGUUAAAUAAAACAAAGGAAA